AAAGAAAGAAGAAAAAGAAAGAAAACAGUGACAAAGGUCCUCAAGACUCCAUGAUUAUUCAAAUUCUCUCCAACACAGGACUUGAGGGUUCCCCUACUUAACCCAAAGUAAGAGGACCUCUCAAAGGUUCUACAGAGACUUUGUUUGGAAGCUUAAAAAACACACACAAAGAAAAAGGAAAGGUGAAGAAAGAGUGAAGGAAAGUUUCUCAUCAGGAUUAUAGGGAUGAAUAGAGGUGUUUUACAAAGCUCACCGGUGCAACAAAUGAUGGCCGGAAACCCUAACUGUUGGAAUAUUAAUAACAUGCGUCCACCAACACAACCAUCUUCUCCUUUCUUGCCUAGUCCAAUUUUUUUUCCUCAAUAUGCACCCACUUCUUCUUCUUCUUCUUCUUCUUCUUCUUCUUCAAUUCCCUCUUGGCAUGAUAGCCAGGAGCUUCCUGAGUCUUGGAGCCAACUACUCUUGGGUGGAUUGGUGGGAGAAGAAGAUAAGGAUGGUAUGAGCCAGUUUCAAGCUGCUAAGAAGUUGGAGAAUUGGGGGGAACAAUUAUACAGUCAGGCUGCAAAUGCUUCUGUUGUUAAUAUCAAGCAAGAAAACUCAGUAAGCAACUAUGUGUAUGGGCAUGGAAGUGAGGAUUUUCAGGCAGCAAAAGCUACUUGGUCUCAAGUAAUGCCUGCUUCAUCUCCAAACUCAUCUUGUGUGACAAGUUUUAACAAUAACAUGUUGGAUUUCUCUAGUAUUAAGGUAGAUGGAAGGCACCCACCACCCGAUCCAUCUUCUGAGUGUAACAGCAUUGCAAAUGGUGGGGCACUUAAGAAAGCUAGGGUUCAGCCUUCUUCAACCCAACCUACCUUCAAGGUGAGGAAGGAGAAAUUAGGUGACAGAAUUACAGCCCUCCACCAGCUUGUAUCUCCAUUUGGAAAGACUGACACAGCCUCUGUCUUGUUAGAAGCUAUUGGAUACAUCAGAUUCCUUCAGAGUCAAAUUGAGGCCCUAAGCUUACCUUACUUGGGCAGUGGAUCAGGAAACAUGAGGCAGCAACAACAGUCUGUUCAAGGAGAAAGGAAUUGUUUAUUUCCUGAAGACCCUGGUCAGCUGCUGAAUGAGAACUGUAUUAAGAGGAAAGGUGGCCCUGAGCAGGAUUCUCAUGAAGAACCAAAGAAAGACCUGAGGAGUAGAGGGUUGUGUCUGGUUCCAGUGUCAUGUACACUGCAAGUUGGGAGUGACAAUGGAGCUGACUAUUGGGCUCCAGCUCUCGGAGGGGGCUUCCGAUAGAUGGGAAUUUAAUUUGGUAGCAUAUACAGCACAAUAAGAGCUUCACAGAAACGAUAUAACAUCAUGAGCAGUCACUCUGCUAAAAAUCUAAGGCUGAUUGCUCAUGAUGCUAUACAAUCUUGAAUUCAUACAUGUGUGCUGUACAUGUGGCUAGCAUUUGUGAGCCCUUAAGACUAAUUAAUUUAUGUCAAUUAAGCUUUAUCUAUCUUCAUCCUAAAGCUGCUGCUACAAUGCUUUACUUGUAUAUGCAGUGUUAGUAUGAUUGAUCAUCUUAAAU